ACCCCUCUCCUCUCCUCUCCUCCCCACCAUUCCACUCACCUUCCCGACUCCCAACCCGCUCUCCUUUCUUAUCCUCACCAACGGUGACCAGAAAUGUACUCGCAGGAGCCCAAUCCCGGGGCGGAGCUGGCCGUUCUCGAGUCCAUCCGCCAGCACCUCCUCGACGAUAUCGUCCCCUCGAUCGAGGUCCCGUCCUCCGCGGUGACCGCACCUCCCGUUUACUGCCGGAGCUCCAGCUUCGGCAGCCUCGUCGCCGACCAGUGGGGUGACCUCCCCUUCCGGCUCGACGACUCCGACGACAUGGUCGUCUACGGCGCCCUCCGGGACGCCUACUCCCACGGCUGGAACCCCUCCCCCGAAGCCGGUCCCGUCACCGCCUCCGCUGUCGUCGUCAAAUCGGAGCCCGUGACCGAGCUGCCGCUGCCGAAGCCGGAGAUCCAGGUGCCUCCGGCACACCCGGCGCCGGCCGCAUCGCCAUCGGCAGCGCCGGCGAAGGGGAAGCACUACAGAGGGGUGCGGCAGCGUCCGUGGGGGAAGUUCGCGGCGGAGAUCCGAGAUCCGGCGAAGAACGGGGCGAGGGUUUGGCUAGGGACGUUCGAGACGGCGGAGGAGGCCGCCAUCGCCUAUGACAAAGCUGCCUAUCGGAUGCGCGGCUCCCGCGCGCUCCUCAACUUCCCACUCCGGAUCGGAUUGGAGGAUGCCGCCGCGGCUCCGGCGGUGGCGUCGCCGUCGAAGCGAGCCUCGCCGGAGCCCUCUUUCACCUCCUCCGCCGCUUCCUCUCCUCGCUCCCCCCCGUCGUCGUCGUCGUCCUCGUCGGCGGAGAAGGCGUCGCCGAAGAGGAGGAAGAGAGGGGAGGCCGCGGCGGCGGCGAUGGCGAUGGCCAUGCCUCCGGUGGCGGCGGCCCCCAUGCCCAACUCUUCUUCUCCGGUUUUCGUUCCGCUUCCGGUUCAGGCGCAGGCCGGUCUGGGUUUCGGGAGCCGGACUGAGGGUUUCCCGGUUGGUCCGGUCGUACAACUUACACGCGUCGGUCAGCUCUUGGUUAGUUAAUCAGUAGUAGCAGGGUAAAAGUGCAAGAAGAGUGGAUGAUGAGUAAUUGGCGGUCAGAACAAGAGCUUUCGGAUGUCUUAAAAGGUUGAGCAAAUACUAAAAGGUUCAGGGGGCAAAAAAGAUGAGAAGGUAAAGCCAGCGGAAAAACAGGGAAAAGAGACUAAAGGAAGGCCUGCUUUGCUGCUACUCUUCAACAUUGAAAAUAUCUCUUUCUAAGACUUGGUGAAGUGACUUUGGGGGUCUUAUGUGAUUUGUGAAAACCUUGAAACUCUUUUUGUAUAAACUAUGAAGAGUUCUAGGUGAUCCACUUUAUUCUUUAAUAAAGGCUCCAGUAUUUUUGAAAAG